GGUUGAGAGAAAUUCCUUUCAAGUUAAUUCACUUUUCUAAUGUGACAAGUUAAUUGUUUUGAUUUUCUAUUAAUUUUUCUUCUUCUCAUUUUUUGUUCUAAUUUUUUCUCAUACAUUUGAUUGGUUUUAUUGUUUCUUGGUUUCUUUUUGAUACUUUUUGCUUUUUCGUGGUUCUGUUUGUUUGGUGGUUUCCUUUUUUUUUUAUUCUGUUGUUUAACUUUUUUUUUUCUUCUUCUACUUGUGUCGGUUAAGUGUUCAAACGGGUGAUAUGGAUAACUUAGUUGAGUUAAUCACCCAAUGGAAUCUUAAUAGAGUUCCUCUUUUUAAUAUUAGUUUACCUGAUUCAAAUGGUGAAUUUUGUGGUGUCAUGAGAUUUUGUUUUCAAGAUGAUGGUCAAAGAGUUGCAACCAAGUGUGUACAGGUUGCAUCUACUGCUACUACCAAUGAUGUUAUUCGUACGUUAAUUGAUAAAUUUAGGGCUGAUAUUAGGAUGCUUUCUAUACCUGAAUAUGGUCUUUAUGAGGUACAUGAGAAUGGUGAGGAGAGAAAACUUGAUGCCAAUGAAUGUCCUCUCUUGGUUCAACUUAAUUGGAAUGCUGAUGAUAGGGAAGGACGAUUUUUGAUGAAAAAAAUUGAUGGUGGUGAUUCGGCUCUUCCUCCAACUGAUUUAAAAGCUUCCUUUUUGUCGAGAAAACUUUCCAAAAGAGAGAAAAAAGAGAAAAAAAAGAAAGAGGAAAAAGAGAAAGAGAAAGGUCAAGCAGGUAAAGACACUUUAGCCCAAACGUUGUACAAUGAAUUACCAGAAACCUGUUUCACCCGAUCAAUUUCUAACCCGGAAGCAGUGAUGAAACGUCGCCGAAAACAAAAAUUAGAACAAAAACUUCAACAAUUACAAGAAAAUGGACCAGAUUCCGGUGGUACUCUGAGAAUUUUCGGUGAAUGUUUAAAUAAAGAAGUUCCUUAUAAAACUUUACUUCUUUCAACCAAAGAUAAUGCUGCUUUUGUUGUUGAACAGAUAUUGGACAAAUACCGAGAUAUUUACCCGAAAUCUGCCGAAAAGAAUAAUCGAGAAGAAACACCCAAGCAAGUUGAACCUGCUCGUGACUAUUGUUUAGUUCUAAUAAUCGAUCCUACCAACUCACCAACAGCUGACAAUAAUAUAAUUCAGUAUAUUUUAAAUGACGAUGAUUGUCCACUUGCAAUUAAGCAACAUCAUGAUCCUGCAAAAGGUCAACUUACUUUCCAUUUACAAAAGAGACCUGAAGGACUUCAGCCACAAUUAACACCACAACCACAGCCACAGCAACAAUUUAUUUCUCCACCACCAUCACAACUUAAACCUCAACAGAAUCGACAAUUACCACCACAGCCACAGCCCCAAUCACAGUCACAAUUAACACCCCAACCACAAAUGCAAUUACCACCACAGUUACCACCUCAAUCCCAAAAUCAACCUCAAAUUCCGCCACAAUUACCACCUCAAUUAUCACCAAAAUUACCACCACAACUACCACCACAAUUGCCACCACAAUUGCCACCACAGUUGCCGCCACAAUUACCACCGCAAAUGCCACAACAAAUGCAAUUACCACAACAGCCUUUACCACCAACACCUCAACACUCCCAACCUUACAUGUCUCAAGUGCCUCCUUCUUACCAUCACUCUUUAAUUAAUAUUAAUCAAGGAAUUUAUGGUAAUUUACCAGGAAUUGCAAUGCAUAAUAAAUACAUGAUGAGCGAAUCCUCUCUUCCAUCACCCUCACCAACACCCAUACCAAUGCCAAUACGAAAUGCACCAGUAGAAGCUCCUGUCAUAAUAAGAUUAAACAAAAUCGGACACAGUUUAGGGUUAUCUAUUGUCGCUGCCCGAAGCUUAAGGACUGGACGUGUUGGCAUUUUUAUCAAAUCAAUUGUAAAGGGAGGAACAGCUGAUAUCGAUGGUCGCCUACAGCCUGGAGAUCAAUUGUUAUCAGUAGAUAAUAAAUCUCUUAUUGAUGUUCCUCAAGAAGUAGCUGCCAAUUUAAUUACUCAAACUGAUAUGUCAGUUACUUUGGUUGUAGCCAAACAAGCUGCAUACACGAAUGGACUUUCACCUUUUUUAACCGAUUCCCCUCAGCACAGAGUGCUUAACAAUGCCACACCAGUGUCACAUUUACAUCAAUCUCAUCCACUUCAAUCUCACCCACAACAAGUUCAUUCACAACAAAUUCACCCACAGCAAAUUCACCAGCAAAUCCAUCCUCAAGUUCAUCCACAACAAAUUCAUCCGCAACAAAUUCACCAGCAAAUUCAUCAACAAAUUCAUCCGCACCAAAUUCAUCAACAACUUCAUCCACAACAAAUUCAACCAAUGAGAAUUCCUUACAAUGGUCCUUCAUUACCGCCAACGCCAACACCAACAAGUUACCAUCAUCAACAGCAACUACUUGUUAACAAUAAUUUUAAUCAACCAUCACCACCACCUCGGGUGAUGAAACCAGCAACAAGUAAUCCUACAAUUAAUAACACAAAAAUGAAUAACAACACAACAAAUUCAACUAUCCCUAAAAAUAAUACAAUUAAACGUGAAAGUUAUACACCUUCACCCUCACCCAGUUUCACACUUAAAGAUAUGAUUAAAGUGCUCGAAAUGGAUGAUGAAAAUGAUGAGAAUAAUCAAAACAAAAAUUACAAUCCAAAUGUUAUUGGUGCUCAUGAAGUUUACAAGGAUCCUCGGGAGAAAAUAGAAGCUGAAAAGAUGAAGAAUCAGCCAAUCAAAGCUGUCAUCCAAGGACCCGAAAAGUUGACAUUUAAAGAAAAGAUGAAACUAUUUACAGAGGAAUCAAAACAACAAUCAAAAUAAUCUCAACCCAAUUACCAUCACUUAAAUUUUAUUUUGAAUAUUUACAUGAGAAGAAAAAAGAAAAUUUAUUUAUCAGAGGAAACCUUAAUCUCUAGUUGUUACCUGGAUUCUUUAAAUUGGAUUUCAUUUUUGGUUCCGUUUUCGUUUACAAUCCUAAUGGAGAUUAUCAAGAUAAUAAGACAGAACACAAAAAUUAUUAGUGAAAACCAAAUUAUCUUAAGUGCUUGUCGAUUAUGAGAAGAUGGAAUUUUUAUGUUUAAGAGGAUUAGAUAGUGAAGAAAGAGAGUCAAGGAGAAAUUCUUGUGCUCUCUCUCCUCUCUCUCUCUCUCUCUCUCACCACAACCUUUGACAUCUCAUCAAUCUUUUUGACGCAAAAUUUUAUAAAUGGUUGAUUUAACUAUGGAUUCUUUAUGUUUCACAAAACCAAACAAUUGUUAAUUUUACUGAAUUAACCAUCAUGAAGUACAUAUUUAUGUUUGAUACUUAUGAGGAAAAAUCUCUGUCUUUCUAAUUUACCUCUUUCUCUUCAAUCUUACCUGAUUAUCCUAUUGAUUGUAAAUUGUCUUUAUCAUCAUCAUCACCAUCAUCCGAAUCCUAAAGACACAUGAAACUUGAAUCUCUCUUUCAUUCCAGGAAUUGUAAGUUAAUCUACUAAUCAUUUGUUUCCACAACGAGUGUGACGCCUGUUAAAACUGUGACACGUUUGUUUGUUUUUUUUCAUAAUUUUCCUGAACAAAAACCCAUUCCUGGUAAAUCCGUCCGAUAUUAUUACACAAAAGGAAUGAUUUAAAAUGGCCCAGGUCAUUUUCGGCAGCGUCUAAUGCAUAUGUUAUCCUGCGAGAGCGGGUUAAUAAGAAAUUAUUGUCUUCUAUUGUUUUCUUGUUUACACAUUUACACCACAUAACAAUUAUUGUCCGCUCGUUAAAAAUGUUUAUCAAUAUUUGAUAAUUUAGACUUCUAAUUGUGUAUCGAAUCUAACAAACCAAUUCACACUUAAUGAUCCAAGUUAAUUGUUUAUAUAUACAAAGUUGUCAUGAAAAUGUCAUGUAACUAAUCAUUUAAAUUGGUUCAUACUUUUUUUUUCUCACUCUUUUUCUAACAAUCUCUUUAAAAUAAACAUUAUCUUCAACUAA